UGUUAUCAUACGGGUAUUUCAAAUAUGUCCGCGCUCAUGUAAUAGCUGUCUACGUGUCAACGAAGAUUUUGCCAAAGCGUUCGGCAUCAUCUAUUACAGAAACUGGGAGAAGCAUGCGAGGAAUCAUGAUGAUAUGUAGUUCAAGAAAGAGUGUGUAUUGCUAUCAAACGACACUUAAUGUACUUACUUAUUCACAAAUCAUUGUUUGUAGGCAAAAGGGUCGCAAGCGAUCAGCUGGCGAUAGCUCAAGGCACAGGGACACGUCACAAUAGUAAUGUAUACAUACUCCAGUCUCCGGUAAAAGUCCGGGUGCGUUAACGUUGAUCGACGCUCCUUACCCUUGUCGGCUUAUCUGUCUCGGGAAGCAGAGACACGGGUCGGUCUGUGCUGUCGUAGUCGUGUCUUACUCCAAGACACUUUACCCUAAUCGCUCUGGAUGGAAUGCGACGGUCCUACCCGCCGUUACCUUGCAGCAGUCCUGACAUUGGUAUGGCUUGGUUUCAUGAUCUAUCUGUGGCUUCCUCAGAUACUGCCAAAUACAAGAGACAAAAAUUUGAUUGAAAAAGGUAUUUUCAGACAAGAGGCUAUAGAACAGAAAAAGAACGUGAACUUAUCUGAUGCUGUCCAUGUUUGCAUUAUGUCUGAUUCUAAUACAAUUGGUGGCAUGAUGGCUUUAGUCAACAGCAUUCGACUCAACACCAAACACAACAUCAUGUUUCAUCUCUUUGUCGCCAGAAAAUGUAUUGACCAAGCCAGACUUUGGGUAGAAACGUCAAAGUUGCUUCAAAUACAUUAUGAACUGCGUAUAUUCCCAGAAGAAUUGGUGAAGGGUAAAAUAAAGGUCAGAGGAGGUCGUCCAGAGCUCGCCAGUCCUUUAAACUUUGGGAGGUAUUACUUGCCACAGUUAUUACCAAAAAUCCACGGCAGGGUUCUCUAUAUCGAUGAUGAUAGCAUUGUUCAAGACGAUGUUUAUGAAUUAUACAACAUGAAAAUGAAGGAAGGACAUGCCGCAGCAUUCUCUAAAGAUUGUGCUGGGCCAGCCAAGAGACUUUCUCUCAUGAAAAACAAUUAUGCAGAUUAUCUUGAUUUCAAAAAUAGCCACAUACAGAAGCUGGAUCUCAAACCAACAGAAUGUGCAUUUAACACUGGUGUGUUUGUGGCAGAGUUGGACCUAUGGAGAAAAUAUAAUAUCACAAAACAGCUGGAGUACUGGCUAACAUUAAAUACAAAAGAGGAAGUGUAUGGAAAUGAACGAGGAGGUGGGGCUUCACAACCACCGAUGAUGAUCGUGUUUUAUGACAAAUACACAGAGAUUGAUCCUAACUGGCAUGUCCGCUACCUAGGAUGGACAACAAGGACAAGCUACAGUAAGAGUUUCUUAAGUUAUGCCCACCUUCUCCACUGGAACGGUCGCUUCAAACCUUGGGGACGUGUAUCUUCUCAUUCUGACAUUUGGGACAAGUACUAUGUCCCAGACCCAUCUGGGAAAUUCCACCCAGUCCGUAAAAAUUAAUCCAGCUAUUUCUUCCUACUGUUCCAUUUCAAGGACACCUGAGACAAAAUACUUUCAAGGUCAAAGAGGUCAAAUGUGUUAAAAUAUUUAAACAACUUCUCAAUAACCAGGAGUCUAAGGGUCAUGAUAUUUGGACGAUGGCAGGCUUUGAUAACAGACUGUUUGUUCAAUUGAAGACCUUGACCUAACUUCAAGGUCACACUAGUCAUGUGAGCUAAAUUCUUCGUUUAGAAAGAAACUAAACAUCAACUAUCAGUAUGUAUUUCAGAAUUCCAUUGAAGCAAAUUAAAAUGUAAUGAAGGUCAGAUUUUCCCCAAUAAGUGAAAGUUACUGUCAUGCCAUAUGUAGAUAGGUAAAGCAUAUUCUCACAUACUUUACAGGAUGAUCAAGUUGUUGCUAAGGGUGAAAUUGAUUUCACACUAGCGAGACGUCAUAAUUUAAUUUUUGUAGCAUAACCACAUCACAGAUGUAUAAUGCAUAUCACAGAUGUAUAAUGUCAUCAAUUUCAAUGCACAUUUUCAUGACGUUGCAAUGAACAAGAUUUGCAACAUCUUACGAUUUAUUACUUUAUCAAGUACAGUAUGUGAGAAAAGUAAUCAAACAUGGGUCUGUACCAUAAGCCUCGGCUUGCCAGCCAAAUUCUUACACGGGAGUUGAAAUAUCCCUGUACACGGUACAGGCCCAUAUAAGAUUCUAUUAUUCUUUAAAAACAUAUAACUGAAAACAAAGUGUCAUCGGUGAGAGUUUUACAUAUAUUUUGUGAAUAUUGAGAAUUUUUAAUAGAUCUUGCCAUUUGUACUAUGGAUGGGUUUUUCUUAAACAGUUUUACUUUUUUUUUUUUUUUUUAAAGUACAUUUAUGUAGCGGGACGUUGUAUUUCAGAUAUAAGUUGUACAUGUAUGUAGAAUGUAUUUAAGGAUUAACAUAAAUUAUUUUUUCUGUUAUACAGUCAUAACAGAAAAA